CCGCCGUUAAACUCCGAAGAAGAAGUAAAAGGAAGUAAACAGUGAUCAAGAAAACGUCAGCGUUUUAGCAAAAAUAUUACUCAUUUAAUUGCACAGCAUCACAUACUUAUCCAAUGUAGUCUUUAAUUCGAUUUGGAGACAGGACUUGACUGAUAGCUAACGUUACCUAGAUAGCAUCUAACAAUGGCUAACGUGAACAGUAUGGUUUUCCACACUCAAAUAGCCUCCAUCAUGGAGGUGCUAGCGAAUGCAGCCGUGGCAGAGAUCUGUAAAGUCGUAGACGACGACUAUGAAGUGUUUCGUUUGGAAAUAACUCAAAGCCAGAAAGAAAACAGGACAUUGAGGAGGAAACUACAGCUUCUGGAAAUGAAAGUGUCACGGGAGCGCACAGAGAAGACUAUGCGAGAGCGCGUUCUCGCCAGUCCCAGAAGUGUCAAGAUCCUCGACCGAUACAGAGCAACGGCAAGAGGUGAAGGACAUUUCACUGGAGGCUACAGAAGCAUUGUGAAGCCAGCGGGACAUAAUACAUGGAGAGAUGACCAACCAAUCACUGUUGACGAAGGGAGUGGAACCUCAACCCAGCAUGUUAUCGUGAUCGAGUCUGCAGAUGCAGAGGCUGCAGGUCCUGGGGUCAAGCAGGAGAGGUCUGAAGGACAGGAGGACCCACGUCACUGCAGAGACAUCCAGACUGGAGCGCCCCCUGAAGCCACGGAGGACCUCGCUGCCGCCGCGCCCCAGCCCAGGACCCGACGCAGCAUCAUGGAGGUCAUCAGGGAUCGCGACCCAUUAUCCAUGUCGAUGGGGCCUUCCGAUUCACACGGCCACAUCCUUUUAGAUCAGGAGGAGGAGGGUCCAGAGGUGCUGCUGGUGAAGGAGGAGGGGUGUGAGGAGGGUCUGGGGAACCCUGAGGAGGCCAUAGUCGUGGAUGACAACCAGACUACACCUCCUCCUGAACCCACAGAGGAACCAGCUGAGCAGCACAGGACCACACACAGUCUCACUGAGUCAGUAGACAUGGAGGAUGGGAAGCCUGAUCUGCUGCUGGUCAAAGAGGAGACAAUAGAAGACGGACCAGAGAGCAUUGAUCUGCUGAGUGGACUAAAGGUGGGGGAGCAAGGUGGUUGGCUGGAGGCUAACAGAGACUGGACGGCCAUCUUGGAUUCCCAGACCCAGGCGGGUCCAGCCAAGGGUCCAGGGGACAACAUCACUGAGGCGGCCAAGACUAGAGGUGACAUAGUGAAGUCUGCAGUCCAUGAAGACCUGCUGAUAUCCUGUGUUACUGGCGGGAGAGACUGGACCUCUGAAGUGGCUGGUCACAAACCCUGGCAACAAAUCAGAACCCUGGAUCCGGAGCAGUCUCUCUUCCUUCCUGAAUCGGAACCAGGACCCAACCAAGAGGGACAGAGACUCCACCACCACACAGAACACAACCAAUGGACAGGUGGACUGAACAACCUCGGUCCUGGUGGUCAUCAGAGAGACCGAGGCUCCAGUCAGGGAUCCAGUCUGCAGCCCAGACCCUUCUCUUCACAGUCUCAGUGCAGGGAUGAUACAGGGCCUGGGGCUGAUAGAGAUAGACCCUUCUGUUCCUAUGAUACAAACACCACAGUAUCUAUGAUGAAUAGAGCAGGUCACCCUGGGCUUCAGCCUUCACAGGUAGUGGUGGGAGACCCCCCUGGUGGUAGUCGGUCUUCUCCUUCAGGGUCUCAUCUAAUGCCUGGUGGGGUCUGGGUUCAUAGAAGGCCUGAGCCUGAAUCUGGGUCUAGCCUUCCUCAGCUACCUCAUGGUUACCCCACAAAUACAAACAGGGUCAGGAUCGGUGUUCACAACGAGACGUACCUAGCCUAUAACACAGCACACAAUCCCAACAACACCCAAACAAUGGCUAGAGGUCAAGGAGGGAGCUCCAACACUAACCACCUGAGGGUGGUGGCUCAUGCUUCUACCUCCUCUGGUGUCAUUGGGUCACAACAUGGGAGGCCGAGCAUUAGGACGGACGCCGAUAAGCCGUUUGCCUGCCCCACGUGUGGGAAGCUCUUUGCUAAGACAAAAUAUAUGAAGCAGCACCAGACCGUUCACACCAAGGAGAGGCCCUUCAAGUGCAAACUAUGUUACAAGAGCUUCUCCUUCUUGAGUUACCUCAUCAGACAUAGGCAUGUCCACAACAGGGAGAAAUUGUAGCUAUUCUUUAGCUGAAAUAUUGUAGUUCUCAUUAAGUCUACUGGGGUCAGAGUUUUUGGGGGAUUACUAGGUCCUUUUAGUUGAUUAUCUGGGGAUGCUCACAUGAUACAGGCUUGUUGUUUGGUGUGCUGGCAUAGCCAAAAAAACACUGAAAUUAGCCAAAAACUAAGUUUUCAUUCAUUUUUACAAUACCCUACAUUUUUUGGACUUUGUACCUGUGGAACAUAGUGGAAACUCUUUAAAGCUCGGUCCUUGCCCUCCGGGGGUCCUUGCUAUCCAGAAUCCUUGGGAUGUUACACACAACAACCCCCCGCCUCUGAAUUUGGUUUUGCCUUUUUUUUCUAUUCAUAACAAAUUAUUUAUAACACCUUUAACACAUUUGGCAUAGUCAGGUUGCACCUGUUCCUUUAUGUGAUCAAAUCUGUUAAUGAGAAAUAAUUUCCUUUUUGUAAGUUUACAAUUUAUUUGCUUGUUUAUCAUUUAGAAUUUAACAUGACUUUAGUUUCAUUGGCUGCCUUUGGGGGGGGGGGGGGGAUUCAUGCUAACUUAGUUUUUUGCUCAUUUAAGUUUGGGGUUAAGCAUAGGGUUAGUAUUGGGGUUAAGAUACAUUGUAGAAAUAGGUGUUUAGCCAUAAUUAUGACUUUGUGGCUGUGGAAACUAGUGACGACCGCUUUAAAGACACUGAUCAUGAA